AUGGCUCUUGACAAAUAUUUAAGUUUCUGGGAAGUGUUGACAUUAGUCUGUCCACACUUACCAGACAGCAGAGACCCUGAGGUGAUAUUUGGAGCCACACCCAGUAUGAAACUGAUUGACUUUGGCCGCAGCAUAGACAUGACCAUGUUCCCUGCAGGGACAACUUUCCUGGCCAAAGUGAACACCUCAGGAUUUCAGUGUAUUGAAAUGAAGACAGAUAUGCCAUGGACAUAUCAGACUGACCUCUUUGGCAUUGUUGGGACCAUACAUGUAUUAAUAUUUGGUGGAUACAUGAAUGUUUUUCAAACUAAUGGGAGAUGGAAGACCACAAAUACAGUGAAAAGGUGGUGGAAGCAAGACCUGUGGAAGCGUUUCUUUGACAGACUUUUGAACGUCCCCAGCUGUGAUGAGUUGCCUAACUUGGGUGACAUCCGCAGAGAAUUUGAACAAUGCUUCAUGACAAUAAUUGAAGGAAAGCGUGUCGAGUUCAAUGAUGAGGUCAAGCGGAUAUCAGUGUCCCACUUUGAGCUGAAUACGCACAGAUGAAAACAACCCCUCCUCUACCCUAGUGGGACAUCACAGGUUUCCAGCAGGCCCAUUAAGUCACCUAUGUAUUCUGAAACCUCAGUCUGGUUACUUUGUCAAAAUAUGCCAGUUUUGAGAACUUUCAUUCAUGGCUCUUGACAAAUAUUUAAGUUUCUGGGAAGUGUUGACAUUAGUCUGGUAGGACCUUCAUUUAUAUGCAAGAUUAAUUAAUAUAAAUCAUGUCAUUCAUCAUGUAUAUAUGCAUCAGAUUUCUUGGCACUUCAUAUGUGCAGCUGUGACUUGGGUGAAUGUGUUCAUGGUUAGGACUUAAAUAGAAUGGUUCACUUGAUAUAGAUUCAUUGUUGUAGAUAUUUGUAGCAAGUUAGAAUGCACAUUUUUACAUAUAUUGAUAGGAAACUUAAUUAUCAAACCUUUAACAUUUAAAUGGACAGAACAUUUGUAGAGUGAUUGAUUAUUAUUUUAUUUCUUGGCUUCUUAUCUAAAAUGUAAUGGCAUGAAACUGAUUACAUGUAUGAAUAAAGAAGAAACUGUACUAUAAACGAUUUUAACUCCUUUUGAAUUGCGAAAUAGAAUUUCCAAAACGAUUUUACUGCAAUGCACUAACUGUAGUUCUUAAAUUGUUCAGGAAUUUUUUCAUGGUCAGGCCUUUUUUUUUUUUUUU